CCUCUCCAGUCUCUCUUCCUCCACAUAUCUCGCCUAUAAAUACUCUCCCCGGAAUUCGAAUCCUGUCACCGGCUCCCCAAUCCUGAAACCCAAACCCUAGCCCUAACCGAAACCGUGAUGCUACCCUUUGAAAGCAUCGCCGAGGCGGAGUCCGUCCUCGGCCGCAACCUCACCGGCGCCGAGACGUUCUGGUUCCGGUACUCCGCCGGCAUGCACGACUUCUGGCUCUACGCCCACAACAUCGUCUUCCUCCUCACCGUCUACACCAUCGCUCCUCUCCCUCUCGCCUUCAUCGAGCUCACGAACCCUAAGUGCAUGCGCAAGUACAAGCUCCAGCCGAAGGUCAAGACCUCUGCUGAUAGGGUCAUGGAUUGCUACACCAAUGUCGUGAAGACCUUUCUUCUUGCGGUGGGGCCGUUGCAGCUGCUGUCGUAUCCGACGAUCAAGGCAGUAGGAAUAAGGACUAGCCUACCGCUUCCAUCAGCGUGGGAAGUUUUGUCACAGCUAGCUGUAUAUUUCUUGGUUGAGGACUACUUCAACUACUGGAUCCAUCGGAUGCUUCAUUGUAAAUGGGGAUACGAUUUGAUUCACCAUGUCCACCAUGAGUUCACCGCUCCUAUUGGGUUUGCUGCACCUUAUGCUCACUGGGCCGAAGUCCUCAUCCUCGGCAUACCAGCAUUUCUUGGUCCUGCCAUUGCCCCAGGCCACAUCGUCACAUUCUGGCUUUGGAUGGUCAUCCGACAUGUUGAGGCAAUUGAGACACAUUGCGGAUAUGACUUCCCCCAAACUCCUACAAAAUUCAUUCCGUUUUAUGGAGGUGCAGAGUACCAUGACUACCAUCACUAUGUAGGAGGACAAAGCCAGAGUAACUUCGCUUCAGUCUUCACCUAUUGUGAUUACAUAUACGGCACCGAUAAGGGUUUUCGAUAUCAGAAAGAACAUCUCGCCAAGCUGAGGGAACAAUGGAAAUCUUGCGAAUUAAAUGGUGAGACCAACGGCAGGUUGGACAAGUAUGAAUAAGGCAAUCCCAUUUGCGGUGGAGUCCUGCGCAAUACAAGCUCAAUCUCUUAUGAUCCUACUCCAUCCUUGUAGAAAGCAUAAUCUAGGCUUGUAUAAUGUUAUUCAGAACAUCUGUACCCUUUCAGCGUAAAGCUCUAAUAGGCAGCCUUAAUGUUAAUGGGUUACUUAUUAUUUACUUAAUUGUUUGUUAUCUUAUGGUUC